AAGGGAGGGGGGCGAAGACUAUAAUCUAGGAGAUGAUUUUUAGAUUUGUAAAGGUUGACCUGGGUUCCUUCAGAUCCACGGAAGCCAUGUGGUGAGAAGGCCUCCUCCCAUCUUUAAGUUGGUUUUCUUGUGAUCCUUCAACACCUUCUUUUCAAGGUACCUCCCCCCUUUGGGCUCUUUCUGCCCUCCUUAUUCUUGUGCUUGAGGAUAGCGGCUGGAUCCUUUAUUUCGGUGUUUCCAGAUUUAGAUCAGCCUUCCUUUUUUUUUCCUUUUUUCCCCCACCUUUCCCAACAUUUCAUUGUUCAAGAUUUGUUCAUAAUAAGGGGCAGUACUCAGAUCUCAGGAGUCCUUUGAGUUGGGGUAAGAGGAGAGCAUUUCAUAGUGAUGAGAAGGAGGAAGAAACCAUUCUUUAGCAAUGAGAGUUGACGUGAUUCUUGGGGUGGGCUGCUGUUCCCAGUUUUUCAGUUCUUGUUCUUGUUUCAACCACGACGCCGCCUCAGGAGGAGGAGGCGAUGGAGGAGAUGUCUCCGGUGAUUGCUUUGCCGAUUAGCGUAGGCAAUCCGCUCCAGGAUAGGAACCCAAUGGAGAUUAGUCGCCUCAAGUUGAUGACCGAUGCCGCGAGCAUGCUUUCUGAUCCGAUCGAAUCAGAAGUUGAGGCUGUGAUCAUGGAGGAAGGAGGGGGUGGCGACGAUCUGGAGGUCCGGACGCUGCCUGGAAGCGACGAGGAAGACUCCAUGUCCGUGGGGCCGGAGCAGUCUCCUCAGAGCUCCAGUUCCGUAAUCAUUGAUAGCGGUGGCAUUGCGAGCGUUUUGGAAGAAAUUUCUGCUCUGGAUGCAGCUGAUGCGGCUGCAAUAGUGGUCCCUUUGGACAUGGUGCAGAGCAUUGCUCCCGCUGUCGAGAUCAUCGCCGGGGAAUCGGGUUCGAGUUUGGUGACCGCACGCGUUACCGAUUCUGAUCUGAAAGUAGCAGCAGCCCUUGUUGACCCGGCUGUUCAUGGUGGUCGUGUUUUCCUACCGAAUUACGGACCCCUUUGGGGUUGCAUCUCUAUUUGUGGGAGAAGACCAGAGAUGGAGGAUGCCGUAGUGGCUUUGCCGUGGUUUUGGGAAAUUCCAGCCCGGAUGCUAAGUGCUGAUUGCUUGGUGAAAAGCACGAGUGUAGGCUUGAGUCGCUUGCCUGCCCAUUUAUUUGGAGUCUAUGAUGGCCAUGGUGGUGCUCAGGUCGCUAACUAUUGCCGGGAGCGCGUCCAUUUAGCAUUCAUUGAAGAGAUUGAAAAUGUAAACAGAAGUUUUGGAGAUGACAGCGGGGAUGACUGGAAGAAGCAAUGGGAAAUGGCUUUCACUGAUUGUUUUAAGAAGGUUGAUGAUGAGGUUGGAGGGAAAGGUAGACAAGUUGUUGUAAGCACGCUAGAUGUCUCUGAGGAGGGGUCAAGCUCAAGCCUUUCUGCUUCCGUGCCAUCAGAACCCAUUGCCUCGGAGACUGUUGGAUCUACUGCGGUUGUCGCUGUUAUUUGUUCAUCUCACAUUAUCAUUGCAAACUGCGGGGAUUCAAGGGCAGUACUUUGUCGUGGCAAAGAACCAAUGGCUCUAUCUGUGGAUCAUAAGCCAAACAGAGAUGAUGAAUAUGCCAGGAUUGAAGCAGCUGGAGGAAAGGUCAUCCAGUGGAAUGGAUACCGUGUGCUUGGUGUUCUUGCUAUGUCAAGGUCAAUUGGGGACAGAUACUUGAAACCAUGGAUCAUCCCAGAACCAGAGGUCAGAAUUGUACCACGAGUGAGAGAGGAUGAAUGCCUCAUAUUAGCCAGUGAUGGCUUAUGGGAUGUAAUGUCAAACGAAGAGGUUUGUGAUGCUGCUCGCAAACGGAUUCUUCUCUGGCACAAAAAGAAUGGUAUUACGGCCUCUUCCAUGCAAAGAGGUGAAGGCACUGAUCCUGCAGCUCAAGCAGCUUCAGAAUACCUUGCAAAACUUGCUCUCCAGAAAGGUAGUAAGGAUAACAUCACCAUUAUUGUUGUUGACCUGAAAGCCCAAAGGAAGUUCAAGAGGAAGACUUCAGUGGGUUAAUCAGCUGUCAUUUAAUUAUUAGCGGAGUAAAAAGAACCCUAAGAUAUACGUUCAGUUUAGUCUGUUAUUCCCGUUGAUACGUAAGCCCGUAUAUAUAUUUUUUAAAUGUGGGCUGUAAGGGCUGUUUGAGAAAUUAUAGGCUAUGUAUGUAUUAGGAUGUUUCAAGAAAGGUUUAUUUUCUAUUUCCAGUUCUAUAAUCUUGUAAUUUUCUCUUACCUGGGCAAUGUACUAGCUAUGUAAAUUUAAGUUGCUGUGGAUUCUCUGCUUGAGUGUAUUUUGCGUUUACCUCCAAGCUCUACGGCUCUGUGAGGGAUAUUAAGAUUGAAUCUUUCUCGUUACCC